AUGUAUUUUAAUCGAAGAGGCAAGAAGAUCCACACAGAGGGAGGACCGGCGUGCUCGUCCUCCGGGUACCGCAAGGCAGAUGAUGAGAUGUCCGGAACGACGUCUCAGGCGGAUCCCGUAGACGCCACUGCGCGGACGGUGCUUCUCAACCGACCACAGACCACCAAGUUCUGCGACAACCACGUCAGCACCACCAAAUAUGGGAUUCUCACCUUUCUGCCACGGUUUCUGUAUGAACAGAUCCGAAAAGCUGCUAACGCUUUCUUCCUCUUCAUUGCACUUAUGCAGCAAAUCCCGGACGUAUCACCGACUGGACGUUAUACCACCCUAGUCCCACUUAUCUUCAUACUCACAGUGGCUGGAAUCAAAGAAAUCAUAGAGGAUUAUAAAAGACAUAAAGCAGACAACACAGUUAACAAUAAGAAAACAACAGUGCUGCGAAAUGGAGCCUGGCAGACUAUUAUCUGGAAACAGGUGGCAGUAGGAGACAUGGUGAAGGUGACGAAUGGCCAGCAUCUGCCAGCUGACAUGGUCAUCAUGUCAUCCAGUGAGCCUCAGGCUAUGUGCUACAUAGAAACUUCAAACUUGGAUGGGGAGACUAACCUGAAGAUCCGACAGGGCCUCCCUCUCACCGCUAGUCUUCAGAUUCUUGAGGAUUUAGUUGCAGUAUCGGGUCGAUUAGAGUGUGAAGGUCCAAAUCGACAUUUGUAUGACUUCUCUGGGCGAUUGCAACUAGAAAACCAAAAUCCAGCUCCACUGGGACCUGACCAGGUGUUACUUCGUGGAGCGCAGCUAAGAAACACACAAUGGGUGGUAGGAAUAGUGGUGUACACUGGUCAUGACUCCAAACUAAUGCAGAACUCUACCAAAGCCCCUCUAAAACGCUCCAAUGUGGAGCGUGUAACCAACAUGCAGAUCUUGGUCCUCUUCGGCAUCCUCCUGGUUAUGGCUCUGAUCAGCUCAAUAGGAGCUGCCAUCUGGAACAAAGAACACACUGAAGAAUCCUGCUGGUACUUGUCCCGUGCAGGCGACAUCUCCACUAACUUUGCAUAUAAUCUUCUGACUUUUAUUAUAUUGUACAACAACUUGAUCCCAAUCAGUCUACUGGUAACUCUAGAAGUGGUUAAGUUUACACAGGCACUCUUUAUCAAUUGGGAUGUUGAAAUGUACUAUGCAGAAACUGAUACACCCGCCAUGGCACGGACAUCCAAUUUAAAUGAGGAACUCGGCCAGGUGAAAUAUCUAUUUUCGGACAAGACUGGCACAUUAACUUGCAAUAUAAUGCACUUUAAAAAGUGUACUAUUGCUGGAAUCACAUAUGGUCAUUUCCCAGAUCUUGAAUGUGAUCGGUCUAUGGAUGACUUUAGCAAUUUACCGUCCAAUACCAAUAACUCUACUGAGUUUGAUGAUCCAGCUCUCAUCCAAAACAUAGAGAAGAAUCAUCCUACAUCACCCCAAAUCUGUGAAUUCCUGACAAUGAUGGCAGUGUGCCAUACUGUGGUUCCUGAAAGAGAAGAUGACCAGCUCAUCUACCAGUCGUCUUCUCCUGAUGAAGGAGCCCUGGUGAAAGGAGCCAAAGGACUGGGCUUUGUCUUUACAGCCAGAACACCUCAUUCUGUCAUCAUUGAUGCAAGAGGAAAGGAGAUGAGCUAUGAGCUGCUAAAUGUGUUGGAGUUUUCCAGUAACCGCAAACGGAUGUCUGUGGUGGUCAGGACGCCCAGUGGGAAGCUACGCUUAUACUGUAAAGGGGCUGAUAAUGUCAUAUUUGAACGGCUUACAGAAGCAUCUCAGUACAAAGAUCUAACUCUUGUUCACUUGGAACAGUUUGCUACUGAAGGUUUGAGAACAUUGUGUUUUGCAUAUGUGGACCUAGAGGAAGAAGCCUAUCAACAAUGGCUAAUAGAAUACAAUCAGGCCAGCACUGUUCUCAAGGACAGAGCACAGAAACUAGAAGAAUGCUACGAACUCAUAGAGAAGAAUUUAGUGCUGCUGGGUGCCACAGCCAUAGAAGACCGUCUUCAGGCUGGUGUGCCAGAGACUAUUGCCACUCUGAUGCGAGCUGACAUCAAGAUCUGGGUCCUGACUGGAGACAAACAGGAAACUGCUAUCAACAUUGGUUACUCCUGUCGCCUGGUAACACAUGGCAUGUCCCUCAUCAUCGUCAAUGAGGACUCUCUGGAUAUAGACAAUCUGGAAGAGGGGAUGGGGCGGGGGUUGUCUUGGUGUGUGAUGCGGGAGAUGAAAGAAAAUGAGCUGGCAUUGAUCAUUGAUGGUCAAACCCUAAAAUACGCACUGUCGUUUGAGCUGCGACAAAACUUUCUUGACCUGGCUCUGUCCUGCAAAGCUGUCAUCUGCUGCAGAGUGUCACCACUGCAGAAGUCUGAAAUCGUGGAUAUGGUGAAGAAACAUGUGAAAGCCAUCACGUUGGCGAUAGGCGACGGUGCAAACGACGUGGGCAUGAUCCAGACGGCUCACGUGGGAGUGGGCAUCAGCGGCAACGAGGGCAUGCAGGCCACAAACUCCUCGGACUACUCUAUCGCACAGUUUUCCUAUUUGGAAAAGCUGCUGCUCGUACAUGGAGCAUGGAGCUACAACCGGGUCACCAAGUGCAUCCUCUACUGUUUCUAUAAGAAUGUGGUCCUCUAUAUUAUCGAGCUCUGGUUUGCCUUUGUGAAUGGGUUCUCCGGCCAGAUCUUGUUUGAACGCUGGUGUAUAGGCCUCUAUAAUGUGAUUUUUACUGCACUACCCCCAUUCACACUGGGGAUAUAUGACCGGCCCUGCAGUCAGCAAAACAUGCUCCGGUUUCCUCAGCUCUACAGAAUUACCCAGAAUGCAGAGGGUUUCAACACCAAGGUGUUCUGGGGGCACUGUAUCAAUGCACUGAUCCAUUCAAUCAUUCUUUUCUGGUUUCCUCUCAAGAUGUUAGAACAUGACUCUCCAUUUCCAAAUGGGCAAGGAAAUGAUUACCUGUUUGUUGGAAAUAUGGUGUACACAUACGUGGUCGUAACCGUGUGUCUAAAAGCUGGGAUGGAGACCACCGCAUGGACCAGGUUUUCUCACUUGGCCGUUUGGGGAAGCAUGAUCCUGUGGAUGCUCUUCUUUGCUGUGUACUCUGCCAUCUGGCCCAAGAUCCCCAUUGCCCCGGAUAUGCUGGGACAGGCUGGCAGAGUGAUGCAGUGCUGGCACUUCUGGCUGGGCCUGGUUCUAGUGCCUACUGCGUGUUUACUCAAAGACUUCGCUUGGACCGUCAUGCGGCGCACUGUGAAGAAGACUCUACUGGAGGAAGUGCAGGAGCUGGAGGCCCGAGCCGUGGAUCCAGGGGCAGCUGUUCUCAGAGAUGCCAGCGGCCGGAGUCUAAACGAACGGGCCCAUCUGCUGACAAGAGUAUUUAGAAAAACACCUUCAAACAUUGGACGCUCCAACUCUGUGCAGCAGACAGUGACACAUGGCUACGCCUUCUCUCAGGAGGAGCAUGGUGUGGUGUCCCAGUCCCAGGUCGUGCGCUCCUACGACACCACCCAGCAGCGCCCCAGCCUCUAA